AUGGGUUCGUGGCGCGUCACGAUCCCACGCGAGGGCGAGGCACGCCACCUCAGUCCUGGCGUCGGGAGACGUAACUCACGAAACCCUGACCUCAGCGAAUCACGUAACCGGUUAUGUGAUACGAGCAUUAUGCAGACGCUAGCGUGCGAGGCCCGGGAUCCCGGGUCACGGCGGGUGGUGUCACCUGCAUGCUCGAGCCAUUAUGAUCGCCCUCAUCCCGUCUUAUCACGCCACGGCCAACUGGAGGCUCCCGACACAGCCAAAGAUACUUUAAAACUUCUGCACAAGGUAAAUGUAGAAGUAGAUGCCAAUCGGAGCGGGUCGCCGUUGGUGGGCGAGGGCAAGAGCGGCGAGGGCGGCACCACGGCAGCCACCACGCCCCAGACGUCGGAGCCAGCGGCGGGCACUCAGGCCACCGAGCCUACGGAGGCGAUCACAGGCGCGCCGGUCAUAUUCUUCCUCGGAGGUCCGGGCAGCGGCAAAAUGAUGCAUGCUCAAAACCUAUCCGACAUCCACGAGGGCUACAGGCACAUCAAUCUUACCGUCGUCAUGAGCGAAUACGUCAAGGAGAAUGGCUUGGCACCUCCUCAUGGACUCUCAGCCACCAUCGCCUUAGCUCUCCUGGCUCGGGAGAUGCACAUGACCCCUCGCUGCCGUGGGUACUUAGUGUCAGGAUACCCGAGGCACAUGGACGACGUGCACCAGUACAACCAGAAGCUGGGGAACAUAGACGGCGCCAUUCUGCUCGACUGGAGAGAAUCGACGCUGCUGAACAAACUGGAAGCAGGGGCCAGGGUAGGCACACUCAUGCUAGACGCUGCCAGGAAGGAGCUUUCGGAUUUCCACAGCAAAGUCCUGCCUGUGUGUGAGCAUUACGAUAACCUGGGACUUCUUUACGUGGUAUCUGGGGACCGGAGUCAGGAGGAGGUGUUCAGGGACGUCCAAAGGGCCCACGCGAGGAUCCUGCAGCCAGCCCCUCUCCCGCCGCCGUCAAGAGCUUCCGUAGGCUCUUACAGGGAGUACCGCAGCAUGGCGCCCUUCUCGCAGCUGCCGGCGCUCUCCGCUUCCUCCAUCAACGUCAACGCAAACCAGGUGUCGCUCCCGCCCUGCCUCUUCUUCAUGGGCGGGCCUGGCAGCGACAAGUGGAAGCUGGUGAGCGGAAUAACGUACCUGUACCCCGGAUGGGCGUGCGUGGGCGUGGGCCAGAUGCUGCGAGAGCACAUCGACCGCUGGAAGGAGACCCCCGAGAUAUACGAAGAUUUACCCAGCGAAAAGGUGGUAAUGAUUCAGAACCUCAUGACCAAAGGUGAACUCGUGCCUCAGGAUUUAGUGCUACAGCUUCUGAAGGAGAAACUCGAGUCGCUGAAGGGCCGCGAAGGCAUCGUGGUCGUAGGUUACCCCAAAGACGUUAUUCAGGCUCAGUCUUUCGAAGAAAAGUUCCACCAGAUUCCGCCGCUGCUGCUUGUCGACUGCUCGGAGCUGGAGCUUGGCCGCAACCUGGGCCGCAGGGAGAGCCGCCUCGACGACAACGUGGCUGCGGCGCGGCGGCGCUUGGCCAUCUACAGGGAGGUCACGCUGCCCAUGCUCAAGGCCUUUGACGAGAAGAACAGACUAAAGAUCAUUGAUGGGGAUGCUGACAUAGAGCAAGUGGAGCGGGAAGUAAAGCGCGCCAUCUACGUAGAAACGCAACUCCUCUCCCGCCGCUCCAUCAGAAAUGAGGCCGAAAAAGCUAAGCAAGAUCAGUCGAACGGAAACGUCCUGUUACCUCCCGGACACGAAUUGGAAGUCGAAGUCAGGUCACUCUCGCAUGAAUUCAGCGAUUCGGACAUCAACGGCCAAGCAAAUAACAACCAGCCUAAACCAGAUCUUGUCUGAUAUGUUCAUCACUUAUUCUCUUUACUGAUGUUAU